AUGGAUUUAAAUAAGAUCACGGAUAACGUUCCGAAAUCGACACCACCACCACCACCAUUACAACAACAGCAAGAGAUAUCAGAUCGUUCAAUAUCUCCAAUAGUACAUCAUGACCAGCAGCAGCAAUCAAAAAACAUUGUAGUCAGCAAUGUUAAACAAGAGGUAGACGAGGGAUCUUCAUCAGCAACUACACCAACAGCAACCGGUAGAUCUUUGCAGACACCCUUUUCAGAGUUAGCCAGUCAAUUGCAGUACCAACAACCACAACAAAGCGGACAACGACGAGCUACUACUGACGGGCUUUCGCCGCGUACAUAUCUCGAUUCGACGGUUGUACCGACGUUACUAGAAGGACUCAAACUCGCGGUAUUAGAACGACCAUCAGAUCCACUGGCAUUUCUUGGACAAUAUUUAUUGGAUUGUUCUGCCAAUCUUAAAGCAGAAAACAACAAAAACCCGACACGGCCGCCCCAAUCUCAAGAGAUAUCUCAUCCACCAUUAGCAUCCAAUACAGCAACAACACAACCGUCAUUGCCUACCUCAUCAUCAUCCACGUUUGUUAAAAGAGAAUCUCAAUAA